AUGAAAGCCAUGAACGCUUUUAUUUGGAGACUCCCCAAGAUGCCCGUGGUUAAAAUUGCGAAAACCUAUGAAGUUUCUAAAAUUACGGCAAUAUUAACACUUGUAGGAUUUCUAAUGGGUCUUGAAGUUCCAUCUUUGGCAACUUUUCUGACAAAUAAGACAUUUAACGAGUAUUUUAGGUACCCAACACCGUUACAACAAGGUUUACUUAUGGGUGCCACACCCCUGGGCGGUAUCCUUGGGUGUCUUAUUUACUGUGUGAUGAAUGAUAAAUUUAGCAGAAUUUAUCAGUUUCAAAUGGGAAUUAUAGUUUGGAAUAUCGUUACCUUGUUGAAUUUUUGCAUCUGGAACUUAUUAGGUUUGUUGAUUUGUCGUGUGGUCAAGGGCAUGAUUCUGGGAAAUUUUUCCAUUUUAGUAGCUUCAUAUGCAAAUGAAGUUAUUCCUCGCGACAAACGCGGAAGCACCAUGAGUUAUAUUCAAUUGUGUUUAACCAUCGGAAUUCUUGUUAUGCAUUAUCUGUGCAUUGCAUUGAGUCUCUGGGAUUCUCACUUCGCGUUCCGUGUGGCAUGGUGCGUAGGAAUCAUCCCCGGAAUAGUAUUUUGGGUGGCUAGUUGUGCCUUACCUGAAUCAUACCACUGGCUGGUAUUGCAUGGACAGAUGAGUAAAGCUCAAGAAAUCCAGCACAACUUGGCCAAAAAAUUCAAUGAAAGUCAGCCAAGAGAUGCAGUUCCUGAAAUGAGUAAGAUUGAAUUGGCAGGAGAUUUCUGGAUUGGAGUCAAUGACUUAAACUUCUGCAAAAAAUUGCCUCGGGGUUCAUUGAAGCCCUUGAUUCUCGGAAUGACUUUACAAUUAUUGAUUCAAUUUAGUGGUAUAAAUAUUAUCCUUGGUUAUAUCACGUAUAUUUGUGAGAUCGUGGGGCUUGACGGCAACGUGAAGUUGUUUACAAGUUCAAUACCAUACUUCAUCAAUAUGGUUUUGAGCUUGUUGCCUAUUACCUUUAUUGAUUACACAAGUAGGAAGCUAAUCACAUUGUUGGGCGGAUUCCCCAUUAGUGGGCUGUUAAUUACCAUUGGUGCACUUUUUGUCAAAUACGGUCAAGAUACCAAGCCAAUUGAUGGAAAUAAGAGUCUAGUUUGGUCCAUUGGAGAAAAUCCAUUUGUCGGCGGGUGGAUUUUAACUUUGUGCUUUUUGAUUGUUGGUAUAUUUGCCAUGAGCCUCUCCAGUAUACCCUGGAUUUACACAAAUGAAAUGUUGCCAUCCCGAGUGAAGGUGAAAGGGUUUGCCAUUUGCGUUACAUUUGGGUGGUUAGGCAACUUCAUAUUAACGUUCUUAUGUCCUGUAAUGAUUGAAAUGUUAAAAGGCACCACUUUUAUAAUAUUCGGGUCUCUAACGUUUCUAAUAUCUCUGAUUGUUUUAAUUUGGUUUCCAGAAACAAAGGGUAUGAGCAUGGAAGACAUUGAUAAUUUUUUUGAGUUUGAAAACAAAGAGAACACUAAUUUGCAUGAAGAAAAGAGUAUCAAAACUCCAGAUUUGAAUUUCAAUGUGGACUCCGCAAGAUCUUCCGAAGGCGUAGAAUCGCACAAGCCUAUACAAUUGAAGAGCGAAGAGGAGAUGAUCAUAUGA